UUCUCGGCUCAUCCUCGGUCGCGCUCUCCCAGCAACACGGUCCGCCGAGAUGCCGCAUUUUCUUUGAUUCCUUGCAGGAAUCUUCCGUCGAAUUCGACGCUUUGAUUCGCCGGAAUCUCUCUCUCUUGGAGUCGUGAUGCGCCCUCGUUCGAUGAGCUCGACUCGUUCAUGCUAUGAUAUCUUGUUAAUCCGAAGGAGGAGGAUGCGUCUUUGUAGCUCCCUACUGAAGAACUGUUGUUCCCUUUUGUUUCUUUUACUUUGAUUUGGUUGCGAGGCUUCAGAGAUUCCCGGCUCUGCUUCGUUUAGUUCCCAUUCGUCGCAUCGAAGUUCCUACUUGUGAUUGCUUUCGUCUCUCUUUCGUGCACCCUGUCAUCGUUCCGAUGGGCCCUUUUCUUUUUCUUUCCUCAAUAUGUUGUCUCUUCCCCUCUUCAUCGAUGAACUCGGCUCUUUCAUGCUCUGACAUCUCGUUAUUCUGAAGGAAAAAUUGGGUCUUUGUAGCUCCUUUUACUGUUGGUCGUUGUUUUGGUCGUAAAGCUUCAGCAUUCCCGAUACUGUUUCGUUAUAUUCCAUUCAUUACAGCGAAAUUUGUUCUCGCUGAUUUCCUUGAUCUUUGCUGCGGACCAAUUUCCCUUUUAUUGCUGUUCUAUCUGUUGACUCACAGCUUCCCAAGUUCGCAAUGUUGUACGUUUUAUUGGUUUUAUGACCUGGAAAAACCUUCCUUUGCUCCAAUCUUGUAGUUAGAUUGCCAUUGCGAAAUCAAAGCACUAACUUUCUUUUUAAACAUCCUUUUUCUACAAAUUUGGCUGAUGUAGGAAGUGUUCUCAAAUCUAUUUUUUGCUUGGUUGCAUUAGCCCUUUCGAGCUUGUAACUUCCUUUCCAAGUUUUCACUAAUCUGGCCAACUUUCUUGACAUUCUCUUCAACCAUGGAUCCUAAUCUGAACCCAGUGAAAGAGGAACAUCAGGAGUUCUCUGAUGUAUCCGCCUCUUCUACCGAUGUCGCCAUGGAUCCUCCUAAGCCAUUGGAUGGACUGCACGAUGUUGGUCCACCGCCUUUCCUUAUGAAGACUUACGAGAUAGUUGAUGAACCCAGCACCGAUCAAGUUGUGUCAUGGAGCCCGAGGAACAACAGCUUUGUGGUCUGGAACCCUCACGCAUUCGCGAUGACUCUGCUCCCAAGAUACUUCAAGCACAACAACUUCUCCAGCUUUGUCCGACAACUGAAUACCUAUGGUUUCAGGAAGGUGGAUCCAGAUAGAUGGGAAUUUGCUAAUGAGGGGUUUCUCAGAGGCCAGAGGCACCUCCUCAAGACCAUAAAGAGGAGAAAGCAAGUCUCUUAUCCUCCUUUGCAGCAGCAGCCUCUCUCUUCCUUUCUUGAGGUCGGAGAAUUUGGGUUGGAAGGGGAAAUCAACAGGUUAAAACGUGACAAGCAAUUGUUAUUGACAGAACUCGUGAAGCUGAGACAGGAGCAGCAGAACACAAGAAACCAUCUCAAAGAUAUGGAAGAGAAGGUACUUGCAACAGAACAGAAACAGCAGCAAAUGAUGACAUUCUUAGCCCGGUUUAUGCGGAACCCCAGCUUCCUACAGCAGUUAGUUGAGCAAAAAGAGAGGAUUAAAGAGCUUGAAGAGGCCAUUUCUAAGAAACGAAGACGACUGAUAGAUAGAGCUCCUGAGAAUGAUGAUGUGGGCACAAGUGGAAACCCAAAACUGAAUAUUUCUACUAAAAUUGAAGCCGAGGUUAUACAUGACUCCCAUGUGGAGGAGGUCUCAAGUUUGGGUAGUCUGGCUCUAGAGAUACAGGAACUGGUCGACAAGAACAAUCAAGAACAGUUUGAGCUGCAAGAUGUCAAAUCAGAUGCGGAGCUGAACGAUGAAUUUUGGGAGGACUUGCUAAAUGAAGGGAUCGAUGGUGAGAAAGGUAGAUUUGAAACCGAGUCUGGAGGUAACGAGGUUGUGAAUAUGUUGGCUGACAAAUUAGGCUUUCUUAGUUCCACCAAUCCCAGAUAGGGUGGCAAUUCAAUAGUUCGUAUCUUGGUUGGAGUCUUUCUACCUUCCCUGCAUUGGUUCAAUUAAUCUAAAGACACCCUUCAGCACAUCAUUUUCUCAUUUCCUACAUGGUGAUAUGGUUCAUGUUGUACAUCAGAAUAUGGAAAUUUAGGCCCAAAUUUCUUACAUGGAAUAGAUUUUGUUGAACCAUUCAUCGUGAUGCCGCAUCACAUCAUCUUUGGGGUCUUCACAUGUACCAUUAUAUCAUGAAAUUCAAUUAUUUUGUUGCCGUAAUCUAGUCAGACCCCUUUCAUUGCAGUGCUAUUGAUUAAACAUGGGAGUAUCCUCCUCCCAUGUUUUAUCUGCUCCUAGUUGGCAAAAACUAAAUUCUGAUGGAAAUUGUGAUAUGUAUUUAUAGUUGUACUAGGGAGUCAAGGGAAAGAUCUUUCUGGUGGAGAUUAACUGGAUCAUUUUUGUUGACAUUUCUGGAUAUCAUUAUCUGCAAUAAGGUUGUUGAUUUUGUUAAAUAUUUAAACCUGUGGUGAUUACAAGUUUAGUAGUUUGAUAAAAUUCAAUAAUUCAAAUUACCACAUGUGGACGGACACAUAAAAAAUAAGGGUGUUUCUGAUGGUGCAUAUUAUUUAGAUUUUUGGAUUGACAAGCAUGCCAACUCAUGUGUCUCAUGAACUCAGAAACAUGACACUGCUAAGCUUCAAUAUAUACCAGUCUUACAUAGCAUCGAUUUGGUACAACUUUCAAACAGGCAAACAGAACAAUUUGCAUAUUGUUGUCCAGGCAGAUGAGCAGGAAUUCCUAAGCUGAGAGACUACCAUGACGAGGGAGGGGGAGUGUUCGCAUGCUUCCAACUGAAUGAUGCAACAGAAGCAUAGGUUGUGUGACCUACCACUUCAUCUCUGGGGACUGCAUCAGAUAUUUCUUUCAGGUCUUCGCUUGUGAGCUUCACUUUCAGAAGUGACAACAUUGUCAUCCAAGUUCUUGAACUUGGUUGUACCUGAUAUUAUUCACAACAUCAGGUGCCAGACAAAUAUGUGUAAUAUACCAGUGCAUAAUGGCAUCAUGAAUUUAUCUGUGCAGCAACCAGAGGAUCAUAACCCAGCAAAAAAUGCUUGAUAUGUCAGAACUGAGAUUCCUGAACAAAAUAUAAUCUUCUUCUUCAAGCAGAGGGAGGACAUGACCUUUGAUUUUAGUAUAAAACAGGGAUAGGAGCCACAUCAUCUCCUUGGCGAAGGAGCUAAGCCAGAGCCAGUCGUGCAGGUGUACAGUGAUGCUUCACAACCAACUUCUCUAAUCCUCUAAGAGUCUCUUGUUCUUUUCCAAGUUUUCUCCAGUGAACCUUGGAUGCCAAUUCUGAGAGAAAUUCAUGGAUGGUUAUCAGUUGACAGGCUGUUCUUAUAGCACUGAAACAUCAUUCAAGUAUGACAAUACAUCUUUAGUACAAAAACCUAACUUCAUCAAAAUCUAGAAUCAAAGUUCGAAAAAGAUUAAUUUAUGUCAAAUUCUCUACCGGAUAUGAAUCCUGAGGUAAGCUUUCAGCAUCUCCUUUGCCAGCCAAGAAUCCGUGACCGAUAGGACCGUAUGGAACAAUUCCAAUGCCAAGUUCCCUGUGUUUCAACAAUCAUCACAAACACUAUAUCAGAUAACCUUGAAGAAGGUAUGCAAACAAACAAUCAGGCAAACUGAAUGACUUCCUCUGUUGAUACAUCUUCGUACUAAAGAUGGAGGAGGCAUGAUACUGAAUUUUCAUGUGUUAUUUGCCCCUUUUUUGUACAUCAGUGAAUGAGAUGAUCGUGGUGCUCCAGGUGCAAUUAAGUUAUUAGGUGAAGCUGAUACAUAUUCUUACAUCCUUUUCCAGGGAUUUCCACUAACAAUGUUUCAAGGAUCACCUUGUGCAGUGCUUAUCACUUGAUAAAUUCAGGUCCUAUGUGACUACAAAGGUCAUGGGAAGGUUGAUCUUUUGUGAGCAGGUAUCACAAGGAUGUUGAAUGGCUUUGGUAAAUCCAACUAACUCCAUGACAAUUGGUCUGUCUGUUACACAAAUAGAGAUCUUCUAGCUUUUGUUACUUACAGUUUCCUCGAUUGGCACCAUCUUGUCGCGAUGAAAGCUCUCGUUUCAGCAAGCCCGUAUAUGUUGAAGGUGUCGAAGAAGGUGAUGCCACUCUCAAAAGCAUGCUUGAUGAUGGACAUCCCAACCUCAGUCACUCACUGGUGCAUUGAAUAUCCCACUGAGACCCAUGAAUCCAAAUCCUAGCUUCGACACCUGCAUGAAAAUAAAUGAAGCAAAAAGAGAAGAUUGCCCAAGAGAUCAACAUUAACAUCAUGCAGGAAGCAUCUCCCUUCAGCUUAUCAGAGAAGGUGUGAUCUCUAGUCCUUGGGAACCCAACUUCACUCUGGGGGGUCUGAAUCUUGUCCUGCAACUCCAUUUUUAGUCACUGAAUGAUUCCUCAGCUACAGAUUGAUGAUGCCACACUAUAUAUAUUUAUAUAUAGGACAAAGGUACUGCUGAAUGUUUUAAAGACUGAAGUUUUAUGCUUCCUACAUCAUCUUUUGGCUGUCGGCAACCAAUACAUUUUCACUCAACAGGAAUAAGAGGCAGGCAAGAAAUGACUUGUAAGAGAGUUGUCUGACCUGUUCCAGCGAGCUCAUGGCCUCUGUAACCAUCCAUUAACGAGGCUGCCAUGGCCAUGAAUUCAAAGAUCACAUUGGAAGGACGGAAUUUUCUGGUGAUUGACUUCAACAAGCUGUAAUCUACCACAUGCAGCUCAAUCAAAUCACAAGUAGCACAAGUGUGUUGCUAACAAAAGUGCAUCAGUGCAGCAGACUGUAAGCAAUAUUGUCUUUGGAGGAUCUAGAAUUGCUGGUGAUCGACUUCAACAAGCUGUAAUCUACCACAUGCAGCUCAAUCAAAUCACAAGUAGCACAAGUGUGUUACUAACAAAAGUGCAUCAGUGCAGCGGACUGUAAGCAGUAUUGUAUUUGGAGGAUCCUAGAAUUUGUUGGUGCCUCUCAUAAUGUGUUCUUUGGCAUUGAGCAGACUGUAAGCAAUAUUGUCUUUGGAGGAUCCUAGAAUUGCUGGUGAUUGACUUCAACAAGCUGUAAUCUACCACAUGCAGCUCAAUCAAAUCACAAGUAGCACAAGUGUGUUACUAACAAAAGUGCAUCAGUGCAGCGGACUGUAAGCAAUAUUGUAUUUGGAGGAUCCUAGAAUUUGUUGGUGCCUCUCAUAACGUGUUCUUUGGCAUUGAGCAGACUGUAAGCAAUCUUGUCUUUGGAGAACACUAGAAUGUGUUGGUGCCUGUCAUGAGGUGUUUCUUGACAUUGUGAAUUCAUCAGUCUGGAGCAAUAAUUUGCAUAGAUUCAUCAGUAAAAUGAUACUUCUCUUGAAGAACUAUUAACAUAAUUACAUUUGAGAUUGCAAGUUAGGUUGAAAUAAUUAGGUAAGUUGUAUAUACAGUUUGUGUUGUAGAAACUAGAUUAUUGA